GUAAGAGCUGCAGAAAGGAUCUUUAGCUCAUCCAUGGAGUCGACUUCUGUUCUUCAUCUCUCCCCCAUCUCUUUCAUUAUCCCAAAUAAACUCCCACAAAUCCCUUCUUCUUCUGCUUCUCCUUCGCAGUGGAAGCAGACAAAAUCCCCGCCUUCCUCUCGUGUCUCCUGCAAGAUGUACGUUCCCGGCUUUGGAGAAGCGUCACCAGAGGCGAAGGCAUCGAAGCAUCUUCAUCACUUCUUUACAUACGUUGCAGUGAGGAUCGUGUCUGCUCAGCUUGAGAGUUAUAACCCCGAAGCUUAUGCCGACUUGAGCGAGUUUAUGCAAACGAACUCUCUGGACGAUGGCGAUAAGUUUUGUGCGGCUCUCAUGCGUCGCUCUUCCCGUCACAUGAACUUAGCACUCCGAAUCUUAGAGGUACGGUCGGCUUACUGUAAGAACGAUUUCGAGUGGGAGAAUCUCAAACGCCUCUCCUUCAAGAAUGUGGAAGGAUCCAACACAAGACUCAUGCGUGAAUACGUCUUGGAGACCAGCCAUGUGAAGACCGAGUCCGAGAAGUGAACUCGUUUUUCCCUGUCUCUUUCUCUCAUAUUCACAUAAACGUUUUGUUAUAUACGCCGGCCGUUGUAUACGUAUACAUAUACAUGCGUUGUACAUAAAACAUAUACAUAUGUACCCUUUUAAUCCAACCAUUUUCCUCAACAAUAACAUCGUA